CUCCAGUACUGACCUGGCUGAUGACUCCCACUAUCGCACAUCUCGAACAUCGCAGUGUUGUCGAGGAGGCUGAAACGCGGUCAGGCGUAUGGACAGGCACCCGUAGCUCCGGUAUCGCUGUCCAUCAAUCUGUGCACAAAACGGACUACACCGACGAGUCAUUUUGGCACCUAUCCGGGCUCUUUCUCUGCGCUCCGGUGUCUCCACUGCAGGGCCUCUUCAGUUUACAGGAGAAAAAAAAAAAAAAAAAAAAAAAAAAAAAAAAAAAAAAAAAGUGGGUGUUUGCUGCUCACUGGUGUUUCGGCAGCAGCAGCAGCAGCAGCGGCAGCGGCGGCGGCGGCGAGCGCAGCGAAGUGUCCCCGAUGGCUGGCUGGAAGGACGGCUCGGUGCAGGAGAAGUAUCGGCUGGUAGUGGUCGGAGGCGGCGGUGUCGGCAAAUCGGCCCUGACGAUCCAGUUUAUUCAGUCGUACUUUGUCACUGACUAUGACCCCACUAUUGAAGACUCCUAUACCAAGCAGUGUGUGAUUGACGAAAGGGCGGCCAGGCUUGACAUCCUCGACACGGCUGGACAGGAAGAGUUUGGAGCCAUGAGAGAACAAUACAUGAGGACAGGGGAGGGCUUCCUGCUCGUCUUCUCAGUCACUGACAGGGGAAGCUUUGAAGAAAUCUACAAAUUCCAAAGACAAAUUCUCCGGGUCAAAGACAGAGAUGAAUUCCCUAUGAUCCUUGUAGGAAACAAAGCAGAUCUGGAACUACAGAGACAAGUAACCCAGGAAGAAGGCCAGCAGCUGGCCCGACAACUGAAGGUCACAUAUAUGGAGGCUUCAGCCAAAAUCCGUAUGAACGUAGACCAAGCUUUCCACGAGCUGGUUAGAGUAAUCAGGAAAUUCCAAGAACAGGAAUGUCCACCGUCGCCAGAACCUACAAGGAAAGAGAAAGACAAGAGUGGCUGCCAUUGUGUGAUCGUCUGAGUCGGCCUUAUCACUGUAACUCAUGCAGCUACUCUCUACCACCCCACCCACUCUGCCUGACAUCACAUCCUAGGUGGAUGACUGACCGCUGCCUUCUCCACGUGCAUGACUUCAGACAGCCUUUUCUGAGAUACUUUGACCAGGAACUGCUGUCCCCAGGACAUCACUAUGGACAACUGACAAUGCCAAAUUUUAACACCACUCUACCUUCAGCCGUAAUCUAAUUCACAUGAGAGAGUCCCAACACUAAACAUUGCCUUCUAAAUCAGCCUGACAAAUUAAUGUUUUGUACUCUGAAGGACUUCUCUUGCCUUGUAGUGACAUUUGUACUUGCUACCGAGAUUGAAUGAAAAUUAUAUAUCCAGAAUGUUAAUGACUUUGUUUAGUUUCCGGUGUCUAACCAGAGCAGAGAGAUUAUCUUAUGAAGCUUUGUGUAUGUUGUGCCAUAUCCAUCCUUACUCCCAUGUGCUAAUCUGCUACUGUACAUAAGUGACAUUUGUUGUGAUUUUCAAAGUGUAUUUCUAAUGACCUAUUAAAUCACCACAGUACAGUG